AUGGGGAGUAUCAUACCUCUCUUCAAGUUGCUGUCACAUUUCGAGCCUGCAUUUGAAGACGAGGAGGGUGUUGUUACACUUGGAAACAUCCAUGGCCCAAUCUCGAAGUCAGAACGCACGUCCUUCGUCACCUACGCCAGUCGAGUUCACUCGUAUGAUGGAUUGGGCGAAGAACGGAUUGCCCUUUCUUCUUACAUCCAAGCCUUACAGCUCACAAAUCGCACUUGCCUGCUGCCUAAUCUAAGGACUCUGCGCGUGUAUGGAGGCCCUUGGGAGCCUGAGGUUUAUUUCUUCUUUUCUCCCUCGCUGCGGACAGUCGCCCUUCGUGAAACAGAUUCAGAAUACCAUCCCGACUCCAGUUCCGUCCUCCAUUCUCUCCAGAGAGUAACAGCGAACCUCACUAGCAUCGACGUUUCAGCAUCAUGGAGUACGGUCGGUCUAGGCGCAAUAUCCAGCAUCCAUUUCCUGAAGAACCUUCACCUCUCUCAUGACCAUAGUACAGAAGGACCAAAAGGACCAGAAGGACCUUUCCGACUCGACGUUAAUUUCCUGCUGGACCUUCCUUGCUCAGAGUCUCUUUCAACUCUCUCAAUCGCAUAUUUCGACCUGUUUGCUGACCAGUCAACGCGCCAUCAGCAAGCAACAGCAUUCCCGGUCCUUAAGCGCCUUCGCCUCCUCUUAAGUCUCACAUCUAUGGGACCACUCACCAAACUCCUCCAGAAUGCAAAAAUGUCGAGUCUUCAGGAGGUGGAUAUUAGCAUCUCACCCAGGAGAAUGGACGAAAGUGAAAUCGCUCAUUGGAAGAACCUUUUCCGCGCCCUCCCUGUUACUACGUCUAAUCUGCAGCACUUUGUCUUGAGUGCCACGUCCGAGCCGAGUGGUGCCUUCUGGUCAAACCUUAACCUGUCAAUCAAAGACUUCGAACAUUUAUCGCAGUGCAACCUGGCUACAUUUACCGUCUACCCUCCUAUUUUUUCAACACUUUCGUUGGGCGACAUCUCGAGUCUGCUCUCGCGUGGGGGGGAUUUGAAUUUGUUGACCUUGAGGACACCAGGUUUAGGGUUUGAGGUGCUUGUCAUCAUCGCCCAGACGCUCCCAAAGCUCACGUUUCUCAGUGCUGGCAUUGAUGGGCGCCAGCUCCUGGCUGCAGACUCAAUCCCCAUUCUUGAACACCGCUUGGGCACUCUUAUAGUGACUGGCCGCUUGGAGCGUCCUUUGACCCUUGCACGAUUGAUCGACAGAAUUUUCCCUCAUCUUUUCUACACGUUAUUCUCUCCCUCCCAAGACCCUGACAACGAGGAGUGGGUCCAGGUGGAGUCGUUGCUCAAGGUAUUGAGGGAAGCCAGAAGUGACGAAAGGGCAAGAUCCUCACGCAACGUAUAG